AUGGCUCCAAUUAUCACCAAAUAUUUGACUGAAGCCGAGCUACCACAUUACUACAACAACGAGAGCCUAUCCAACGUUGUACUUCACUUUGGCAACAAGACAAUAUUCGCGCACAAGAAGUUGCUCGCUGCAAGAGGCAGAGGUUCCCGCGUCUUGCGCAACGAGUUCAAGGAGAAUUCGCCGUUCGCGAAGGCUGUCGAGUACACAAUCGAAGGACAUGAUGAGGAGAUCGUAGAGGUUAUGAUAAGGCACAUCUAUGGGUUCCAGUACGAUAACACACUGGUGCGCAGAAACUUCGAUACUGAAUUGGCCAAAACAGAACGCCUAGAAUGGCUUAUCAGCGUUUACCUUGUCGCUGUGGAAUACAGAGUCCCGUCUCUGAGCAUUCUCGUCACUGACAAGCUUGUUGGAAUGCUAUCCGAAGGCUUCCAUACUUACAGAUCUCGGCAUGGAGACAAACUCAACAAGGAGCAGAAAGCAAGGAUAGCCGAGAGCAAGCAAGUCCUGGAGAGAAUCGUCGCUCUGUACGAGCAGAACGCUCUGCCCGACAAGUUGACAUGGAAGAUCAAACCGUACGAGCUAUUCCACAAGGCUGCUCGACAGAUGGUGCAAUACAGAUCUUUCUGGGUGGCUGAACUCUGCGGUGGCUCCGAUGAACGAUACACUCCAUUUGCCAUACGAAUGGCUUGGUGGUUCGCGAGGAUAAAAUUUGACAACAUGCAGUGUGUGGACUGUGGUUUUGACGAGGAACCCCACUAUCACUACCUCUACUACGGAGAGUGGCCUGUGGAGUUCAGGGAUUUGCUGUGGCGUGGCUUCCAUGAACAUAUUGUGAAGCAAGAUUACCGUGUAGGAGAAAACAUGUUCUGA